AUGAAACCGCGGUGCCGGGGCUUCAUCAGCGAGCUGCCGGAGUUCAAGUUCUGCAAGGCCGCUGGGCACGCCAAGAACCUGACGUUCACCGCGCGCACCAGGGGUGCUUCUGGACCCCGCGACUUCGUGCCCUCCAACAAGGAGCGGGGACGCGUCCCCCGACCCCGCACUCGCCCGGCCCCCGACCCCGGCCCGCCCCUGUCCUCGCGCGCCUGCGGUGCCGAGCCGGCUGCGAGCAGAAGUCGGGCUCAGCGCCUCGAGCUCCUCCGGGACGGCGCACUCGGACCUGGGAGCCAACGGGGCCGGCAGGCGGGGACGCCUGGAGAGCCGGGCCGAGAGCGCGGCGCGGGGAGCGCAGUGGCACCUCCGGGCCUGCAGGCGGCGGUGCGCGGGGGCGCGGGCCGCGGCGGAAGAAGCAGCGCUGUGAACCGCGUCCGCCGCCGCGUCCGCCUCCUCCGCGCCAUGGCGCCCGCGCCCGCCUUACCCCGUCUGCUGAGUGCGGGUGUGUGGCCCAGGCCGCUCCGGCUGCACGUCCUCAAGGCGAUGGCCCCAGGGCCGGGCCCGCCGAGCAUCAGGACUCUGGGAGGCACCGCGGCCCCCGCCAUCAGCGAGCCCGAGGGCGGCAGCAGUGAUACAGAUCUGCAGGACAGGAUCCUCAGGGAGCCCCUCAGGCACUCCGACUUCUUCAAUGUCAAGGAGCUGUUCUCUGUGAGAAGUCUCUUCGAUGCCAGGGUGCAUCUGGGACACAAAGCUGGCUGUCGGCACAGGUUCAUGGAGCCCUACAUCUUUGGGAGCCGCCUGGACCAGGACAUCAUCGACCUGGAACAGACGGCCACGCAUCUGCAACUGGCCUUGAACUUCGUGGCCCACGUGGCCUACCGCCGGGGCAUCAUCUUGUUCGUGGGCCGGAACCGGCAGUUUUCACACCUGAUCGAGAGCACGGCUCGGGACUGUGGCGAGUACGCCCACACCCGCUACUUCAAGGGCGGCCUGCUGACCAACGCCCCCCUUCUCCUGGGCCCCGGCGUCCGCCUGCCCGACCUCAUCAUCUUCCUGCACACUCUCAACAACGUCUUCGAGCCCCACGUGGCCGUGAGAGACGCGGCCAAGAUGAGUAUCCCCACCGUGGGCAUCGUGGACACCAACUGUAACCCCUGCCUCAUCACCUACCCCGUGCCUGGCAACGACGACUCACCCCCGUCCGUCCAGCUCUUCUGCGAGCUCUUUCGGAAGACCAUCGUCCGGGCCAAGGAGAAGCGGAAGCAGCUCGAGGCCCUGUAUCGACUGCAGGACCAGGCGGGGGCCUCGGCCCAGGGCCCGACCAGCCCUCCUUCCCCGGGAACACCAGCCAUGCUGGGUGUGGGUCAUUCCUCGUGACAUGUCCACCCUCCUCCCGAAUAAAAACAGCAGCCAAGCCUC